GGGGGCAAUCUGCAAGCACUCAACUCCAGCACAGUACUCUUUCACCAGCACAGAGUAAAAGAGUGGGAAUGAGAGAAACUGAAGUUUACAGCAAAGUCUUCAGAUGAAGGGAAGGGAGCAUUUCAGAUAGUAGUCUGAAAGGGAAUGAAAAAGAACAACUAGUCACAAAAUAAGAGGACAAAAAGAGCCCCAAGGUGAAUAGUGAAACAAAAGGAGAUACAGUUGGAGCGGUAAGCUGGUGCGAGUGAAGGAUGGGAUCGUUCUCGGGCUGGACUACAGCUCUCCUGCUCUCCCUCCUGGGCCUGUCGUGUGGAGUCGCCCCGGUCUCCUCUCAGGACCUGCAGGAGAGGGACGCCCUGUGCAACGAGAACGGCUGCUUCGUGCUCUACUUCCAGAGGAAGACCUUCCUGGACUCCUGGAGGAGCUGCAAGGAUAAGGGAGGCAACCUGGCCACCGUCAAGCGCCAGGAGGAAGCCGACACCAUCGCGGCUCUCUUCUCCGGCGUGGAGCUGAGGGGCUCCCGAACCGCAGUCCGGGUGUGGAUCGGCCUCCAGCGGCAGCCCCGCCAGUGCACCGCCUCGCGCCCGCUCCGAGGCUUCAGCUGGACCACGGGCGACCAGGACACCCAGUACACCAACUGGCUGAAGGACGACUCGCCCGGCGCCUGCUCGGCCCCGCGCUGCGUGGUCAUGAGCUACGGCACGACCGAGCAACGCGACAACUUCAAAUGGUUGGACGGGUCCUGCUCGGUGCCAGUGGACGGCUACCUGUGCCGGUACACUUACACGGGCAUGUGCCCGGCCUUGUGGAGCGAGGGGGCAGGGAACGCCCUCUACACCACGCCCUUCAACCUCCUCAGCACCCUCCUCACCCACCUGCCCUUCGGCUCGGUGGCGACGGUGCCGUGCCCGCCGGGCGCCAAGGACGAGCAGUCGGUGUUGUGCAUGCUGAGGGAUGACGGCACGGUGGGCUGGUCCAAGGACGCCCCCCUCUGCACGGACGACGCCCCUGUGGAGGAGGACUGGUGCAGGCAGGACAACGGAGGCUGUGAGCAUUUCUGCAGGGUGGCCGGCACCCACUACUACUGCGAGUGCUUUGAAGGCUUCCAGGUGAGCCCCGACGGCCAGAGCUGCACGCCCAACGACCCUUGCAAGGGGGCCCCCUGCGAGUUUGAGUGCCUGCCCAUCUCCGACGGCUACCGCUGCGCCUGCCCGGAAGGAUACAUGCUGGCGCCGGACGAGAGCGCCUGCCUGGACGUGGACGAGUGUCUCCAGAGCCCCUGCGAGCAGCUGUGCGUCAACGCCCCCGGGACCUUCAAGUGCCGCUGCCGAGAAGGCUACCGGCCGGACGACAAGGGGGAGUGCGAGGACGUGGACGAAUGCACCCGGAAUCCGUGCGAGCACGCCUGCGAGAACACGCCGGGCUCUCACGCCUGCCACUGCCACUACGGCUACAGCCCGCUCCCCGGGGAUCCCAGUCACUGCCAGGACGUGGACGAGUGCCAGAUCCCGGGAAUGUGCCAGCAGAUGUGCGUGAACUACGAGGGCGGCUUCGAGUGCUACUGCGAAGUGGGCUACGAGCUGCUGCCGGAUCACUUUGCCUGCAGGAAGAUCGGAGCGGGCGAGGAGCUUCCAACCGCCACCCCUGCCGACCCCUGGGCUACCCGCCCCCCCGGCCCUGUGUGGGACCCCCAGGAGCCACUCUACUACUGGCCCCCCUCGCAGAGCCAGACGGACUGGCCCCCCGAGGAAGAUGACUCUCUGAAUUGGCUCACUGACCCCCCAGCGGUGGCGGGUGACGUCAUAUGGGUGACCAGCGCCCCCAAAGAGGACCCCCCCACAGAGGAACCAGAGGAGGACAAACAGUGGCCGGGCUUGAGGGGGGCGGGGGUCCACAUGGUGGGGGAGACCACACCCCCCGGGCCCACCUCAAGUCCUCCCCCCACCCCCACGCCAGACUGGUAUGAGGACGAAGAGGAAGAGGAGGACGAGGAGAUCACCACGACUCCCACGCCUCUCCCCACCUCCACCAUCUCUGAAGGGGCGUGGAACUGGCUCUGGUUCAGCCCCACCUCGGCCAACCAGGAUCCAGUCCGCCCCGUGUGGGAGGAGCCUAUCACACCAGGGAAUUACCCCGAUCGAGAACAUCCGGAGGAGACGGCAUACGACGAUGACGUCACCACCCAGGAUUCUUCUCUCCCUGUGAGGGUGGCAGAGGAGGAGUGGAAGGACGACGACGACGAGGUCACUCCAGCCCAGGACACGCCCUUCCAGCCUCCUCUGUCCUCCCUCAGCCCAGGGCUGAUUGUGGACAAUGAGGGCGAGGCGGUGGAUGUCCAGGGUGGCAGUGGGCAGAAGGAGGGGGGCAACUGGCUCUUAGUGGGGCUGCUGGUGCCUGUGUGCAUCUUUGUCGUGGUCAUGGUGGCGCUGGGCAUCGUGUACUGUACGCGCUGCGCCGUCCAGCCGCGCAACAAGAGCGCCACCGACUGCUACCAUUGGAUCUCCGGGGCACACGACAAACAGGGUGCCCCCAACCCCAGUGCAGGGGUGAAGACCCACGUCUGAAAGGGGGUCCAGAUACAGAGAGGACCCCAUAGACAGUUUUGUAGAUGGACAGGAAAAGGAGUGGGGCUUCUGAGAGAAAGCAAGGUAGGAGCAGGGCCAUGCUGUGUCUGUGCCCCUCAGGAGUCCCUCGUGGAUCACUUUUAUACUAUGACUCUUUGAACAUUUGGAUGUUUCUGUGGAAUAUCGUCUGAAAAGAGUUGGAUAAAAAGGCGUUUUUAAAAACCACUGAUCCUUUUUUUUCUUUCAUUAGGGUCGGGGUGGGAGUGGGGAUACUUUGACUUGCUAAAAACAGCAUUGAUGUUCGCAUUCAUAUUGUGCACAGACCUCAGUGUAAGAUCUAAAGCCUAAAUAGGAUAGGCAUUACACGGUCAUAAAAAAAUCAUCCAUUUAAUUGUUCAAUAUAAACACUAAAAUCACCACACGUUUGUUUGAAUAGUUUCAAUAAACAAUCCGUUCCAUGUAAAUAGCAUUUAUAAAUGACAGUACUGUAGCAAAGAUCUAGUUUUUACGUAGUUGUAGAAAAUAGUGUUCCUCCUUGCUAACUCUAAUGGUUUAAUCCUCAAUUAAGCCCAUUCCCAAAGCGUGGCAUUUGCAAAUAACUAUUUUUGUUGACUGUGUUAAAUAGCCUUGUGUCGCGGCCAUCAUUUCUCUGUAAAGAUGCUGAAUGGUGAGAGUGGCUGCAUAUUUCCCAUUUAAAAGGACAAAAGGCUUUCCUGUUAUUGCAAAUCAGCAAACUAUGCAAGCGUGACUGCCAAAUGAUGCUGUUGAGGAAAGCCAUCAUUUGAACGUUACUGGGGUGCCCAUGUGCUCGUCUACAGGAUAGAACCAAAACGGCGACCAAAUAGCGGCCUUUUGUAUAUAUGUAUGUGUGAUUCUUUUUGUAUGUAUGUAAUAUGAUGUCACUCGGUCUAAAAACUCCUAGAAAAUGUUAGCGGCAUUAGGUCUUGAUUAAGUGCCUUUUUGUUUGACACAAAAGCCAUAUGUAUUCAGAGGAAUGUAUGUCUGCCUCUGGGUAAGAUAUAAGCCAUUCAUCUCCAAUUUAGAGAAAAGUCCUCAUCUUUUCUUGCUUCAUUCCUGGUGUGGGUCAAAGUCCAGUUGUUCGCUCUGCACAAGGUCUGGAGAUGGGGUUACAGGCUGCUGGCUGACAUUAGCAUUGACCUUGUUAGCCUAUGGUGACCUUUCAACUGCUCUUCAAUCUCCUGCCACAUAUUUCUAAAGAGUAACACCCUCAGUCAACUCCUGGACACAUACAAGCCCUUAGACAUGUUAGCCAUACUGGUCUUUUUCCAACUUUUUGCAACUGAAGCCAAUGCGCCCUCUAGUAGGUUGAGAUGCAACUGCAGCCACCAACAGACGUACGACAAUCAAAUCUUUUCCAGAGAGUCGCCCCUCGGUUGUGCAUUUAGAUGUAGGGACUAUGAAAUCAGAUAUGCCUGAAGCCUUUUCAAACUGUGUUACCUGUUACGUUCUAAGUAAUUGUUGAUUAAAAUGUUAUUUUAAGGUUG